UGGUGGUGCUGGUGGUAGUGGUGUGUGGAUCCAUGAACGACAAAUGGCAGUGUGAGAGCUACUUCUCAAUCAAGUGCGAACGACGGCAACGAGGGCUCUUUGAGUUCGAGCCUCGUUUGAACUUCUUCCAUGAUUGAACUCUGAUAUACGAAAAUCCAACGAAGGUAUCGCGAUGUCUCGAUUCGUGCGCAGCGCCUCAGAACGCCGCGAGAGCGAGGAGAUGGAGAUACGACGAAGACCGGUGUUGAAUAACGAUCUCGAUGCCGACCUGGGCAUGUUCGACGACACCGUCAGCUGUCUAUCGGACCCGCACGUGUUCGCGCCACCGGGGACGCCCCAAGACGGUGCAUCGGACGAAGAGACAAACAUCGACUCAGAAAACAUCGUCGGCGAAGAUCUGGAUACCUUGAGCCUUCCGCAGAGAGCGGCUGAUCAGGCGGAGCAGCUUAUGCGUAAGGUUCUCGACGAGGCAGAACAGGCGGAACAACUCGUUCUCAAGGUACUCGAGGAGGCGUGGAAGGUCUGUCACUUCAGCUCACUGCCACAGUGGCUGCAAGACAACGACUUUCUUCAUCGGGGACACCGGCCUCCACUACCUUCGUUUUCGGCUUGCUUCCGUUCCAUCUUCCGUAUCCACACAGAAACCGGAAACAUUUGGACGCAUCUACUAGGUUGCCUGUGGUUCCUGGGUAUCGCGAUCUAUUUCGUCGUCCAGCCCUCCGACUGGAUCCAGUGGCAAGAAAAACUCGUGUUCGCCACUUUCUUCCUCGGAGCUAUCCUCUGCAUGGGGAUGAGUUUCACCUAUCAUACGGUAUCCUGUCAUUCGGAACAAGUUGGCAGACUGUUUUCAAAAUUCGACUAUUGCGGGAUCGCUUUACUCAUAAUUGGUUCGUUCGUCCCUUGGUUGUAUUAUGGCUUCUAUUGCGACUUCCAACCAAAGCUCAUCUACCUCACCGUGGUCAUCGUGCUCGGAAUUGCAGCCGUAAUUGUUUCCCUAUGGGACAAAUUCGGCACUCCGAAAUACCGGCCUUUGCGCGCGGGUGUGUUCGCGGGUUUUGGGCUCAGUGGAAUCGUCCCCGCUGUGCACUACAUUUACAUGGAAGGUUUCCUCUCGGCAUUUUAUAACGCCUCCUUUGGCUGGCUCGUCUUGAUGGGUCUUCUCUACAUUUUCGGGGCGGCGCUCUACGCGCUUCGGGUCCCCGAAAGAUGGUUCCCCGGCAAAUGUGAUCUAUUGUUCCACAGCCAUCAGCUGUUCCACAUCCUGGUGAUCGCAGCAGCCUUCGUCCACUAUCAUGGAAUCACGGAAAUGGCUAUGAAGAGACUCACCAAAGGCGAAUGCCACGAAGUCGAUCAUUCGGACCCGAUCGUCACAUACUAAGGAAGAGCUCAAUCGCUCGGACUCCGGAUCGCCAAUCGAGCGUUGUAGUACGUGGACUUCAGUUUCAGAAUCGACACAUUUUAAAACGACCGAUCACGGGAUCCGCUUGUUAAGGUAUCUGAAACGACGCGCACCGAUCACUGUUCGCACCUCGCGCGCCUUUACAGAGAGAUUACACACAAGCAAAUACUAAUUUUUUAUGAAGCGGAUCGAGUGGUCCUGUCCUGCAAUCACAGCCAGACAAGCAGUUCCCGGACAUCGAGUUGUCCCUCAAAUACCCGUGCGCAGGUCUUUCAGUGAUAGACGAUCGAUGAAGAGGUGUCGGAGGAGAUCGAUAUCAUUUUUUAGGGAGAAGACCUCGUGCGGCUCGAAUUUUAGCUAAGCAACGGAGAGAGAAGGGGAGGAACAUAUGUGAUAGGAACAAUCUUAAACACAGAUCGCUGCUUCUCUAGCGUCAAUUGAGCUGCGUGUAGUGUAUCGUUCCAAUGACCCUGAUGACUUCAAGGUUUAAAUGCUCCUUGUGCCGACGGUGCUGGAGACUCCGGGCAGUUCAGUAAAAUGCUUUUCAAUCAAAUUGGUCCUAGGUUUGGGAUUCACGAUAGGGGCAGGUGCAACGGAACAGAUUCUACAAAAUUCGCAGAGGAAAACUUCAAGCGCUGGGGUCACUCCAAGGGAGCCUGAAUUGAGAGAUUCUCAAACGAAGCCCGGGAGUCUAUAUUCCAGAAUCUCCAGGUCCUGAUCGACCGGAAAAAAUUAGUUGUUUUGGAUAUAUUCUUUGAUAAAGGACAUAUUGUAAACAGUGUUAUAAUAAAGUGAAGGAGAAGAAAA